UGUAGCGCUCACGUCUAUAACCUGCACCAGAAGAACGGCUUCACCUGCAUGCUCAUCGGGGAGAUCUUUGAGCUCAUGCAGUUCAUCUUCGUAGUGGCUUUCACCACCUUUCUCAUCAGCUGUGUCGAUUAUGACAUUCUUUUUGCCAACAAAGCAGUAAAUCACAGCCAGCAUCCGAGCGAGCCCGUUAAGGUGACGCUGCCAGAUGCCUUCCUGCCUCCAAACAUCUGCAGUGCAAGAAUCCAGGCAAACAGCUUCCUCAUCUGCAUCCUGGUGGUAGCCGGAGUUUUCUGGAUCCACCGACUCAUCAAAUUUAUCUACAACAUUUGCUGCUAUUGGGAAAUUCACUCCUUCUAUAUCAAUGCCCUCAAAAUCCCCAUGGCCAACCUACCCUACUACACGUGGCAGGAGGUGCAGGCCCGCAUCGUGCAGAUCCAGAAGGAGCAUCAGAUCUGCAUCCACAAGAAAGAGCUGACGGAGCUGGACAUCUACCACCGCAUCCUCCGCUUCAAGAACUACAUGGUGGCCAUGGUGAACAAGUCUCUGCUGCCCAUCCGCUUCCGCCUGCCCUUGCUGGGAGACACUGUCUUCUACACCCGUGGGCUCAAGUACAACUUCGAGCUCAUCUUUUUCUGGGGGCCAGGUUCCCUCUUCGAGAAUGAGUGGAGCCUGAAGUCUGAAUACAAGCGAGCUGGGAACCGCCUGGAGCUAGCUGAGAAGCUCAGCACUCGCAUCCUUUGGAUUGGCAUUGCCAACUUCCUCCUCUGUCCUCUCAUCCUCAUCUGGCAGAUCCUCUACGCUUUCUUCAGCUACACUGAGAUCCUGAAGCGGGAGCCGGGCAGCCUGGGUGCCCGCUGCUGGUCUCUCUACGGUCGCUGUUACCUCCGCCACUUCAAUGAGCUGGACCAUGAGCUGCACUCACGCCUCAGCAAGGGCUACAAGCCGGCUUCCAAGUACAUGAACUGCUUUAUCUCACCGCUCCUCACUAUCGUGGCCAAAAACGUGGCCUUCUUUGCUGGCUCCAUCCUGGCUGUGCUCAUUGCUCUCACCAUCUACGAUGAGGAUGUGCUGGCAGUGGAGCACGUACUGACUACAGUCACCCUGCUCGGGGUGGGCAUCACGGUGUGCAGAUCCUUCAUUCCUGACCAGCACCUGGUGUUUUGCCCAGAGCAGCUGCUGCGGGUCAUCCUGGCGCACAUCCACUACAUGCCUGACCACUGGCAGGGCAAUGCCCACCGCUACGAGACCCGGGACGAGUUUGCCCAGCUCUUCCAGUACAAAGCGGUCUUCAUCCUGGAGGAACUCCUGAGUCCCAUCAUUACUCCCCUCAUCCUUAUCGUCUGCCUCCGACCCAAGUCCUUGGACAUUGUGGACUUCUUUCGCAACUUCACCGUGGAGGUGGUGGGUGUGGGUGACACCUGCUCCUUUGCCCAGAUGGACGUGCGCCAGCACGGCCACCCAGCGUGGAUGUCCGCAGGAAAGACGGAGGCUUCCAUCUACCAGCAGGCGGAAGACGGCAAGACGGAGCUGUCCCUCAUGCACUUUGCCAUCACCAACCCCAAGUGGCAGCCGCCCCGCGAGAGCACGGCCUUCAUCGGCUUCCUGAAGGAGCGCGUGCACCGGGACAGCAGCGUGGCCCUGGCCCAGCAGGCCGUGCUCCCCGAAAACGCCCUCUUCAGCUCCAUCCAGUCCCUGCAGUCAGAGUCAGAGCCUCACAGCCUGAUUGCCAACGUGAUAGCAGGCUCCUCAGCUCUGGGCUUUCACGUGGGCCGCGAUGGACAGGCCUCCCGCCACCUCUCUGAAGUGGCCUCGGCCCUGCGUUCCUUCUCCCCGCUCCAGUCUGCCCAGCAGCCCCCCAGCGGCUUCCAGACAGGGGGACGAGAUGGAGAGGGAACCCAGCCUCGGGGUGCGAGUGCCAUGACAGUCUCUGGUGCUGAUGCAAGGACUGUGAGCUCGGGGAGCAGCGCCUGGGAGGGUCAGCUGCAGAGCAUGAUCCUGUCGGAGUACGCGUCCACUGAGAUGAGUCUGCACGCACUCUACAUGCACGAGUUGCACAAGCAGCAAACGCAGCUGGAGCCCGAGCGGCACACUUGGCACCGGCGAGAGAGUGAUGAGAGCGGGGAGAGCGCCCAUGAGGAGUUGGAAGUUCAGCGAGGAGCCUCUGUCCCCCUCCCUCGCUCUGCCAGCUACCCCUUCUCCUCGCCGCGGCAGCCUGCCGAGGAGAUGGCCACCCUGCACACCGGCUUCCAGCGGCGAUACGGUGGCAUCACAGACCCUGGCACAGUGCACAGAGCCCCGUCACACUUCUCCCGCCUCCCGCUCGGAGGCUGGGCUGAAGACGGGCAGCCAGCGAGGCAUCCAGAGCCCGUGCCGGAGGAGAGCUCAGAAGAUGAGCUUCCACCACAGAUCCACAAGGUGUAGCCUUGUAGACUGGGGAUCUCGUGGGGGUUGCAGACUGGGAGCCGUCUGGGCAGCAGGAUGUGGUGUCAGCCUGAUUCUUCUCCCGUCCCAAGGGGACAGGGUGAUCCUGGGCUUCGUUUUGUUGCCAUCAAUUGCCGAAGAGACAAAACUGCCAGACCAGCGGCUUUGCGGUUGCGCUUUGUGUCCAGCCGUUUGUCAAGUCAACGCCACUCUGACUCUUGUGGGGUGAAUGCGUGUGUGAGUACAUGCGUGUGUCUGUGUUCACAUCUGUGUCGUCCGUGUCGGAGGAUCGCCGCGGAGCCUGCGCACGCCGACGCAACGG